AUGUCAUCGCCCGGAUACAGCCUUAGAGGACCAAGUUAUUCAGUUAAUAUUCAACAAGAUGGAGACAGCACCAAUCCUGUAUAUAGAGGCUCUAGUGAAUUUAUGUUGGAUGAUCAGGAACCAAAAUCGACAACAGACCAAAUGAAAGAAAUUCCUUCAAAGAUAAAGAAGAAAACUCAAAAUGCAUUCAGAAAGAAAAAUAUCUACAAACGUAUUCCAAUCUUUAACUGGUUGCCAAAAUAUAGCAAAGAAGAUGCCAUUGGUGAUAUUAUAGCUGGAAUUACUGUUGGACUUACUGUCAUUCCACAAGCUCUUGCUUAUGCUGGUAUUGCACAUUUGCCUGCAGCUUAUGGUCUUUAUGGUUCCUUUCUUGGCUGUUUUGUCUACAUUUUUCUUGGUUCUUGUAAAGAAGUUCCAAUGGGACCUACUGCCAUUUUAAGUUUGGCAACUCAAGGAGUUUGGCAAAAGGCUGUGCUUCUCUGCUUCCUCACAGGUUGUAUUCAGUUACUGAUGGGAAUUUUCGGUCUCGGAUUUCUGAUUGACUUUGUGUCUGGUCCAGUAUCAAGUGGAUUCACAAGUGCUGUUGCUUUAAUCAUCCUUACAUCGCAGGUUAGAGAUAUUUUUGGAAUCGAUAGUUCUGGUGGUACUUUUGUGCAAAUGUGGAUAUCGAUUGCACAAAACUUACAUGCAAUUAGAAUUGGAGACACCAUUAUGGGAAUAAGCUGUAUUGUUAUCCUUUUGUUAAUGAGACUUCUUCCAAACAUCAAAAUCGGACCAAAGAAUGACGACGAGAAGAAUGCAUUUCAUAAAAUUGUUAACAAAACUUUAUGGCUCAUUGGAACUUCUCGUAAUGCGAUUGUUGUUAUUAUUGGUGGUGCUGUUGCUGCAUAUUUCUUCAACAGUGGACAAGAAGAUCUACUCAUCGUAAUUGGAGAAAUUCCAGCUGGGCUACCUUCUUUCCAAAUCCCACCAUUCUCAAUUCCUCCAGUAGUGGACGAAAUAACUGGCGAAAUUAUUGAGGAAGGAUUAAGCUUUUUAGACAUGUUUUUUGAUCUUGGGACUGGCCUAAUUGUUAUCCCAUUGAUUGCGCUUCUUGAGAACAUUUCAAUUUGUAAGGCAUUCGCUAAUGGAAAGACAGUUGAUGCCACACAAGAACUGAUUGCAAUCGGUACUGCAAAUAUUGCAAAUUCCUUCGUUCAAGCUUACCCAGGUACAGGAGCACUUUCUCGUGGCGCCAUUAAUAAUGCAUCCGGAGUAAGAACUCAAAUGGGGAACUUGUAUACAAGUAUUUUAGUCAUCCUGUCACUUCUAUUCUUCACACCAUACUUCUUUUUUAUACCAAAAGCCGGUCUUGCUGGAAUUGUAAUUGCUGCUGUGAUUUUCAUGGUUGAAUAUCACACUAUUAAGCCAAUGUGGCGCAGCAAGAAAACUGACCUUAUUCCUGGACUUGGAACAUUCAUCGCAUGUCUUGUGUUGCGAAUAGAAAUUGGAAUUCUAGUUGGAAUUGGAAUUAAUAUUAUAUUUAUUUUAUAUCAUGCAUCGAGACCAAAAAUUCACAUAGAAAAAGCUAUUACACCAAACAAAGGCAUCAAAUAUGUUCUCCUCACUCCCGACCGCUGUCUCAUUUUCCCAUCUGUUGAUUAUGUAAAAAAUUUGAUCAACAAACAGGGUUUGAGGACUCAAGUUCCAGUUGUUAUUGAUUGCACGCACAUCUAUGGAGCUGAUUUUACAGCUGCAAAGGUUGUCGAGAGUUUACUUAAAGACUUUAACUCAAGACAACAGCCAAUAAUAUUUUUUAACUUGAAGCCAUCAGUUUGUGGUGUCUUUGAAGGUGUCUCUCUUAAUUUAAAGCUUUAUUACGACUAUGAAGCUCUUGAAUUAGCCAUUGAGGAACUAAAUAUUAUUGGAACUCAAAAUGGUCAAAGCAAUGGUAGGAAUGAGACCCCUGAGUCUGCUUAAAAAUAUGUUUAUAGCUUAAUAAUGAUAAAAUAAGAUUAGAUAACAAUUUAGUAUUGCUGAGUAGGGAUUUCAAAUACAAAUAACAAAUAUUUGCGUUUUUGGGUUUUUCGUCACUAUUUUGAGAACCUCAAAUAAUUGAAAUCGCUAUUGCUGACAGUAUUAAAAAUAGAAAAGAUGAAUUUUCAAUAAAGUAAGGCAUUAAAAAGACUUAUUUCAAA